AUCUUGCUAGGUGAAAAUAAUGUGAUCAAGUCAUGCUUGCUGGAGCGCUGCACAAAAGGCUUGAUCCAGAGAGCAUUUCGGCGACCAUUACACUCUCCCAUAGUGAAACACUUUGGGAUACACCUGGUCAUAGAAGCUUUUGGGAUGGGCAUGAGUACUAGAGUACUCAGAAGUGACAGCAAUGAUCGAUCAUCAGUUUCGGCGGUACAUUGUGGUCUGAUCAUCACAGCAACAAGCUCUAACACAGUGAACCAUGCCUUUCUGUUCAGGGCAGAGACAGCGCUCAAUACUCUGAAGAAGCACACACACCAGGUGUGGUGAGAGAAAUGCUGCAAAAAAUGUGGAGCUUACAUAUAUAAGACUUAACAGCACCUGUAUCAAGGCCACAACAGGAAAUGCUGGGCUUGUCCUGAUAUGAAACUGCAUGCUCACUCCCUCUGGCCAAGGCUGGCCAAGGAAAAAAUUCCUAAGCGUUCUACUGUUCUUUUAUAAACCCCACCUUUUUAUAAAUCCCUCCCACUUACAAGUAUGAACAGGCAAAGAUUUUAAAAGCAGAUCAACACUGUAAGGUCCCACCCACACAGCGCUGAAACAAAAACGCUGCUCUUGGCAUGCGUGUUCAGAAAAACCUGGCAAAGUAUGGGCAUAUCUCUACCUAUGUUUAAAAUGUGAACUUCUACAUUUGACUGCUGAAUACCCUCUAUAAGGUAAGAAGCUCUCUGCACCUUCUCAGACCUCCAAGGAUCCUGGUGGACUGCCACCUUCUCUUGAAAAAGAGUGGCGAGUAAGUCAAACCUAGCCUUGCUUUUCAUCCUGUUAGUGGUACACUGGUUCAAGAGUCAUGGAUCUUACUUUGUGGCAGUACCAGUUUCGAAUCAUCAUGCUAGGAGACUCCACAGUGGGCAAGUCAUCCAUGCUGAAGCGCUACACAGAGGACCUGUUUCUGGAGUGCAUAAACCAGACCAUCGGUGUGGACUUCUAUGUACAUUUCCUAGAGGUGGAGCCUGGUGUGAGAGUGAAACUGCAGUUCUGGGAUACAGCUGGUCAGGAGAGGUUUAGGUCUGUGACCCGCUCCUACUACCGUAACUCAGUCGGAGGUCUGCUGGUGUUUGACCUGGGCAACCGCGCCUCUUUUGAGCAUGUGCGGCAGUGGCACGCAGAGGUGUGUGAGCGAGUACAACCGUACACUGUGCUCUUCGUUUUGGUUGGACACAAGAGUGACCGACUUCAGGCUGGAGAGCGGGAGGUGGACCAAUCUGAGGCCGAAAGACUUGCAAGCCAGUUAGGCGCACCAUACAUUGAGGCCUCGGCCAAAACAGGUCACAAUGUGAAGGAGGCAUUUGACCUGUUGACCCGGCGUAUUUAUCAGGGCUUCAAAAGUGGAGAGGUGGAGUUGCGUGAGGGAUGGGACGGUGUCAAGAGCUCAGCUCCUGCUAGAGAAACACUCCAGAAAACCCAGAACAAUGAACCUGCUGAGAAAAACAAGAGCUGUGCCUGCUAAUUCACAACAUGUUGCUAUUACUGCCUUAACUAGACCUGUCUUAUAACACUCAUUGUUGGAGCAGGAUGGACAAGACUGACUCAUACAAGCAGGCCUCAAACCUUUAAGGUUUAAGACAAUUUGCUCAUAAGUAGAAUGGCCAGGUCUUUCCACAUAGCAUGGAUCAUAUUUGCAUCUCUACAUAAGAUUUCAACAUAUGCAAACCACAUUUGAAAUAACAUCACAAUUUAUCCUCCAAAUGUUUGUUCAUAUUUCUUGAUUUAACAGUACGUGUAGUCCAUUAUUGUGGCGUCAUCAGUAGUAUUGCAUCAACUGUUGAUAUAAAGUGAUGUUUGUUUUCCACUAGUGCCUGGAUCCAUAGUUUCACAAAUAUUAAUUUAUUGUUGGUGAAUCAGAAAGGGUACCAUUAAUGCAGACUUCUGGAAAGAAUUCAUAAUUGCUUAACAUUCUGAGAAAGGUAUCUGAGAGCUAAUCCUAUACAUUUGUAAAGGACUUGCUAAAAUAGGAGACAUAUAAAGGGUAUUUACAUAUUUAGAGUUGACUUUCAGUCGACAUAUUGCUGUAACUUUUCAGAAAUAGCCAUCACAACUUGUUAAGAGUGUUCAGUGUGAAUGAAUCACAAUUAUUUGUCUUUUUUUAGUUCUGUAUGAAUAAAUCACAAUUAUUAGUC